GAGAGAAUUGGAAGAGCUGCAGUUUGUUCUGUCUCUGCUCCAGGCCUUGUACCACAACCCCUCUGCACAGACAGCAGAAGGGCGUCCCGUCUUGCUCUCUAGCCUCGUUCACUGCUCCUUAUCUCUGCUCUAUCGUUCUCACGUCUCUUUGGGGCAUGGCCCCCUGAAGUCGGAAUAGCCAGCAGGAUAAUGACCCUAGAGCGACAACGUUGUUAGUUUGCAGUUUCAAAUUGUGGAAGACGACAGUCUAAGCUCAGGGUCUUGUUUCCAGUGAUAUGGAGAGACAUUGGUGUUUCUCGCUGUGCGCCUUCAUGGGCCUGGCAUUCUGCGGCUUGAUCUUGAAUGUCAAGGCUCAGAGUGCUCAAGAGUCGGCUGACCUUGUAUUCUUAAUUGAUGGAUCGGAGAGUGUUGGAGUCACCAACUUCCUUCGCAUCCGCACUCUGGCUCUGAAUGUCAUUGAGAGGCUUUUGGUGGGAAAAGACGCGAUCCGAGUCGCUGUGGUUCAGUAUAGCAACAACCCCCAAACUGAGUUCGAGCUAAAUAGAUAUGAAAGUAGGGCUGAGAUUCAACAUGCUGUUAAGGGCCUUAGCUUCCUAGGUGGAGCAGAGGCUAAUUUGGGGGCAGCUCUGGAGAAUGUCGCAGAAAGUUUACUUGGCUCGGAAGCAGGCGGCCGGGCUGAGGAGGGGGUGCCGCAGGCAUUGGUUGUUAUCAGCGCUGGGCCUUCCAGUGAUGACACGAAGAAAGGCAUCAGGGCUCUCAAGCAAGCCAAUGUGUUUACGUUCAGCGUCGGGAUCGGCAGUGUCGAUCUUACGGAACUGGAGGCCAUAGCGACGGAUAAGAGCUUUGUGGCAGCGUCCGAUAUCACUUCUGCGGCCCAGCUGAGGGACGUGAUUCUGUCGUUUGUUAACGGGGUGGCUCAGCGUACCAUUGUUUUAGAAACUGAUAUAACUGAAGCCCUGGCUGUUGGGAAGAGGGACAUAAUUUUCCUCAUAGAUGGGAGUCAAAAUAUGGGUGGCACGCAAUUUAUUGCGAUCCGCCAGUUCAUCAUGAGGUUUGUCGAUUCCAUGCCUAUUGGCCGAGACCAAGUGCAAGUGGGUGUGGCCCAGUUCACCACCAGCCCUAAGGCAGAAAUACAUCUGAACGCAUAUGGCACGAAGGAGGCCCUCAGUAAUGCUGUGAACAGGACUCGGCUGAGAGGAGGGACACCGGAAGUCAAUCUAGGAGCAGCCUUGAACUUUGUAAGGACCCAGAUGCUAAGACCAGACGCCGGGAGUCGCAUCCAGGAAGGAGUGCCUCAGCUACUGCUGGUGCUGUCUGCCAAGAAAUCCAGCGACGAUGUUACCCAGCCAGUCCAAGACCUCCAGCAAAUGGGUGUCCUGAUCAUGGCUGUGGGCUCCAAAGCGGCAGAUGAACAGGAGCUGAAGGCGAUUUCCAUCAAUGAGAAUUUAGUCUUCAUAGUGAAGGAUUUUCGGCAGUUGCUUCGCAAUCCAAAAUUUAUCGUUGCUCCCCUGUCAACGUUAUCUGGAGUUGUUGUGACAGAAGUGCCUACAGAAACAGUCACUGAAAUAACCACAGUGCAGACCCAGCGAGUUGUCAGGGAUAUCGUAUUUCUUGUGGACGGCUCCAACUAUGUUGGCAAUACCAACCUGCAAUUUGUGCGUGAGUUCAUCACAAGUGUGGUCAACCAUCUCGACGUCCGGCCUGACAGGGUGCAAAUAGCCCUGAUGCAGUUUGCAGGGGACCAGCGCACAGAGUUCUACCUGAACACCCACUCUAAUAAGCAGGAUGUCCUGAAUGGAAUUGCCCAGCUACGUCUGAUGGGCGGAUCGCGGCUAAACACAGGAGCAGCAAUGGAAUAUGCUUUGCAAAACCACUUCCAGCCCUCAGCCGGAUCCAGGAGGAGACAAGGUGUCCAGCAGGUGCUUGUACUAAUCACUGGAGGAGAAGCUCAAGAUGCAGUAAAACAGGUUGCUGACAAAUUAGCCCUGGCUGGAGUUCUGACCUUCGCUGUUGGUGCAGGCCCAGUGGAUCAAGCUUUUCUUCAGACAGUCGCCUUUGUUCCUGACCUGGCAUACUAUCGGAGCAGUUUUCCUAGUCUGCCAAAUGUUGUUACAGAGAUCAUGAAACCUUUGAUAACAGUAGUGGGGGACACAAAAACCGAGGAAGGAGAAGAGAGGGAUGUUGCCUUCCUGAUUGAUGGAUCGGAUGCUGUUGCAAGUGAUUUUCCCCAUAUUAAGGACUUCAUUUUGAAAGUUAUCGAACCUCUACAUGUUGGAAUUAACAAGGUCCGGAUUUCUGUGGUCCAGUAUAGUGAAAACCCCAAAUUGAGCUUUUACUUGAAUACAUAUCCCACAAAAGAGGAAGUCAUUAGUGCAAUCAAUGGGCUAACACUGGCUGGAGGCCGAAGUUUGAACACUGGGGAAGCCUUGUCUUUUAUGAAGGACAUAGUAUUCUCAUCUGAAUAUGGCAGCAGAAUUUCAGAAAAUGUUCCUCAGUUUUUGAUAGUUCUAACUGGUGGGAGGUCACAGGAUAAUGUGAGAGACCCAGCUAUAGCCCUAAAGACAAAAGGGGUUGUGCCUUUUGGAGUUGGUGUGAAGAACGCAGAUCGGCGUCAGAUAGAAGCUAUCUCCCACAACCCGACAUUUGCAUUCAAUGUGAAGGACUUCAGCCAACUGAACACAGUUCAUCAGCGACUUGGAAGUUAUGUCAGCCUUCCCAAAGAAAGUCUAGCAGCUGUUCUUCAACAAGCCUAUGUGGAAGAUGUUAAAAAAGAUGUUGUUUUCCUGGUGGAUGGGUCUGAUGGGACCAGAAACGGAUUUUCAGCUGUACAGGACUUUGUUCAGACAGUUGUGGAAAAACUCAAUGUGGAGGGAGACAAAGAUAGAGUUUCUGUGGUUCAGUACAGCCAAGAACCAGAGGUUAAUUUCUAUUUGAACACAUUCCCAACAAAAGGAGAUGUUCUUGAUGCUAUCAGAAAUCUGAGACACAAGGGAGGACGAGCCGUGAACACUGGAGCGGCUCUCCAGUUUGUUAGGGACAACAUCUUUACUGCUUCUUCUGGCAGCAGGCGCCUGGAGGGUGUUCCUCAGAUAUUGAUUCUGUUGAGUGGUGGAAGGUCAGAAGAUGACAUUAGAGGUCCGGUAAGAAAUAUGAAGGAAAUGGGAAUUUUUUUGUUAAGUAUUGGCACAAGAAAUGCUGACACACUGGAGUUGCAAACAAUAUCCCACGAUCCGAAAUAUACAGUUUCUCUUAUUGAUUUUGAUACCCUUCCUGCUGUUCAACAAGAGAUUAUAUUUUGGAUAAAUGAAGCUUCUCAUCAUAUACCAAAACCAACAAGUAAAGUUAUUGAAUCGGCAAGAAAGGAUGUGGUCUUUCUUCUUGAUGGAUCUGAUAAUACUAGAAAUACAUUUGAGGGAAUCCGUAGAUUUGUUCAAAGAAUAGUGGAGAACCUUAAUGUGGAUGAUGGUAGCGAUCAAGUUGCAGUUGUCCAGUACAGCAAAGAUGCUGAAAUCAAUUUCGACCUCAAGUCAUUUUCAUCUAAAAAUGAAUUGCUGAAUUCAUUAAAGUCCAUUGUACACAAGGGUGGACGAGAUGUGAAAAUGGGAGCAGCUCUUGAAUAUGUUAGGGAAAGUGUCUUCUCUGCCUCUUCUGGUAGCAGACAUGCAGACGGUGUUCCUCAGAUGUUGUUGGUCCUCAGUGGAGGCCGCUCCAGUGAUGAUAUCAGGCAUCCAGCACAAGCACUCCGAGAGAGUAAAAUCAAGGUCUUUGGUAUUGGAAUGAGAAAGGCUGACGUGCUGGAGUUACAGACUGUAGCUUCCACACCGGGUUUUGCUUUUUCUGUGUCUGAUGCUGAGAGUCUUGAAAAUAUCCAACCAAAAGUAUCCUCACUCUUAAAUGAUCCGCAAGAAAGGCUACCCACAGCACCAACCCUCUUAGGCUCCAGGUUGGAAAGGGACAUUGUGUUCCUUAUUGAUGGAUCAGAUGACUCUAGAAAUAGAUAUAAUGCAAUACGUACAUUUAUGAUGAAUAUAAUUGGAAAACUGGAUGUGGACCAGAAGCAAGAUCAAGUUGCUGUUGUCCAGUACAGUAACACUGCAGCCACUGAAUUCUACCUAAAUACUCACGCAACUAAAGAGUCUAUACUCAAUGCUGUCAGAUCCCUCAAACCCAAGGGUGGGAGACCUCAGUACACUGGAACAGCGCUCCAGUUUGUUAAGGACAGGAUGUUUCUCCCAUCGGCUGGGAGCCGACGUUCUGAAGGUGCACAGCAGAUCCUAGUGUUGGUGGUUAGUGGUAGAUCACGUGACUCUCCCAGAGGACCUGCAGAAGCACUGAAGAGCUCAGGCGUGGUGACGUUUGCUCUUGGGUCUGGAAUGACUGAUCCCAUUGAACUGCAGAGCAUCUCAUUCCAACCUGACUAUGCGUAUUUCUUAUCUGAUUUCAACAAACUGCCAGAAAUUGAGCAAAAUAUAGAAGCAAAAUUUGCUCGGUCAAAAUUAUUGGAAGAGAAAGUGUUCAUAGAGGGAGAUGAAAGAAUAAAAAGGGAUAUUGUUUUUCUUUUGGAUGGCUCUGAUAAUAACAGAAAUGGAUUUACAGCAAUGCGUACCUUUGUUCGUAAUGUUGUAGAGAGUCUCAAUGUGGAGGAAAAUAAAGACAGAGUGGCUCUAGUCCAGUUUAGUAAUGUUGCAGUGGCAAAUUUUUAUCUAAAUUCAUUCUUCAAAAAGGAAAAUGUAUUACGAUCAAUACAAGGACUUUCACAAAGAGGAGGAAGAGCUCAGCACGUUGGGGCGGCACUCCAGUUUAUAAAGGACAACAUAUUUACUACCCCUUCUGGCAGCAGACGCCUGGAGGGGGUUCCACAGAUGUUGAUUCUGUUGAGUGCUGGAAAGUCCACUGACAAUGUAGAUGCAGCUGCUGCUGCCUUAAAAGAGCUGGGGGUCUUCACAUUUGGAAUUGGAUCGAAAAAUGCAGAUACCAGAGAGCUGCAGAAAAUAUCCUACGAAGCUAGAUAUGCUCAAUCUGUCUCAGACUUCAAUGAGCUCCCAAGGAUACAAGAAAAACUUCUGUCUUCUCUAGAUGCAGUUGUAACUAGCGUAUCAACAGAAGGACCAACAGUCAUAGUGGACCGUGGCGUUACAGGAAAGGAUGUUGUCUUGCUGCUGGAUGGUUCUGAUGGCACUAGAAAUGGAUUCCCAGCAAUGCGAGACUUUGUUCAAAGAGUAGUGGAUAAACUGAAGCUGGAGGAAAAGCAAGACAGAGUCUCAGUGGUCCAAUAUAGCGGAGACCCUACAGCUCAUUUCUAUUUGAACACAUACCAAAGGAAAGGAGAUAUCCUUGAUGCUGUUAGAAAUCUGAGACACAAGGGAGGACGAGCCGUGAACACUGGAGCGGCUCUCCAGUUUAUUAGAGACAACAUCUUGACCGCUCCUUCUGGCAGCAGGCGCCUGGAGGGUGUUCCUCAGAUUUUGAUUCUGUUGAGCGGCGCAAAGACCACUGACAAUGUAGAUGCACCCGCUGCUGCUCUGAAAGAGCUUGGGGUCUUGACUUUUGGAAUUGGAAGCAGGAAUGCGGAUAGCCAAGAACUGCAGAAAAUAUCCUAUGAACCUAGAUAUGCUCAGUCUGUCUCAGACUUCAACGAGCUCCCAAGGAUGCAAGAACAGCUUCUGUCUUCUGUAGAUGCGGUUGUAACUAGUGUAUCAACAGAAGGACCAACAGUCAUAGUGGACCGUGGCGUUACUGGAAAGGAUGUUGUCUUCCUGCUGGAUGGUUCUGAUGGCACUAGAAAUGGAUUCCCAGCAAUGCGAGACUUUGUUCAAAGAGUUGUGGAUAAACUGAAGCUGGAGGAAAAGCAAGACAGAGUCUCAGUGGUGCAAUAUAGCGGAGACCCUACAGCUCAUUUCUAUUUGAACACAUACCAAAGGAAAGGAGAUAUCCUUGAUGCUGUUAGAAAUCUGAGACACAAGGGAGGACGAGCCGUGAACACUGGAGCGGCUCUCCAGUUUAUUAGAGACAACAUCUUGACCGCUCCUUCUGGCAGCAGGCGUCUGGAGGGUGUUCCUCAGAUUUUGAUUCUGUUGAGCGGCGCAAAGUCCACUGACAAUGUAGAUGCACCCGCUGCUGCUCUGAAAGAGCUUGGGGUCUUGACUUUUGGAAUUGGAAGCAGGAACGCGGAUAGCCGAGAACUGCAGAAAAUAUCCUAUGAACCUAGAUAUGCUCAGUCUGUCUCAGACUUCAACGAGCUCCCAAGGAUGCAAGAACAGCUUCUGUCUUCUGUAGAUGCGGUUGUAACUAGUAUAUCAACAGAAGGACCAACAGGAGUGCAUGCCUUCUUUGAAAUCAGUAGCUCAUUUCAGCAAGCAUGA